UAUCAGGCAACGCUACGGGCAGCUCUGGGCUUUUUAGGGUCUUUCAAGUUCAAUGGCGCAUGUUUUUCUAUCCACGCGUCUUCCAUUCAGGCCGAGUACAUGAAGUUUGGGUGGGGUUGGUGGGUCCGUACGUGAUGGCCAGACCUCCGCCCGCCCCCCAGUGCAUCCUGAGGGGGGUGGGGGCCGCUGUAAACACCCUACACUUCAGCUGUGACAGGCCGGACCCCCCUCUGCUGUUCUCAGGCUCAACAAAAGGGGCUGUUCACAUAUGGAAUCUGAACACAAGAAGGCCUGAGAAUGUUCUAGAUGGCCAUGGGGGCUCCUCCGUCAUCUGGGUGAACACACUCGACAGAGAAACUGUCCUCAGCCAGGGCAGGGACAUGCGUGUGUGCCUGUGGCCGCUGGCUGAAGGCCGUGGUGACGUCUCCGACUCCCUGUACACAGGCAGCGUGGGAUUCUGUCAGUGCUCUCUUCUGAGCAGGGGGCCCAGCAGCAGUCUGCUGGCAUACGCCUCGGAACAGAUGGAGGAGGUGAAGGUCCUGGAGUUGUCCAGCAAGGUGCCACUUUGCUCCCUGAAACCUGACAAGAAGCUGGGGAUGGUCAUGUGCCUGAAGAUAUGGCAGCCAGAUUCCGGGGAAGGUCCUCUGCUGGUGGCUGGGUAUGAGGACGGCUCGGUUCUCCUGUGGGACGUGUCCCUGGGCCGUCCCCUCAACAGCCUGCGUGUGCACCCCGAGCCCGUCAUGUCCCUGGCCUUUGACCCCGACCGGCAGCGUGGCGCCUCAGGUUCUGCAGAGAACACCAUCCGCUCCUGGGCGCUGGACGGCCAACGGAACCUACAGCAACGGGAGUCCGUGGAACUGCUCAACCCUGGGAUCUCUCAGCUCUGUGUUCGUGGAGAUGGUAAGAUCCUAGCGUCGGCCGGCUGGGACCACCAGAUCCGAGUGUUCGGCUGGAAGAAGCUGAAGCCGCUGGCUGUGCUGAAGUGCCACACAGAUAUGGUGCUGAGUGUAACAUUCUCUGACCACACUGACCCUGCAAAGAGAGUGAUGGCAGCGGGUUCCAAAGACCAGCGCAUCAGCGUCUGGUCCAUAUACAACCAAAGCUAGAGGAGGUCAUCGUAGACAAAGUUCAUCAAUUGACAUUUGUAACCAUUACACUUUUUUUUUUUUUUUUUUUUUUUUUUUGUUAUUGUUGUUGACAACCCUUAUUGCUUUCUAAACAUAGUUGCAGUUUUCCUUUUUAUCAAUGAAAGUACUGAGCUUUUUUUAUAGCUCCAAUGAAUGAUCUCUUGAAUGAUCUCUUGUUUUUGGACACCAGAAAAACCCCUCCCAUUCACUGCUUUUAGCAAUCCUUUUAGGGAAAAUGGUGGUUUUCAGCCAUCUGAAAACAAGCAGUAAAUAAGUACAAAUCUCACCCCUGUGCUCUCCUGCAAUUUACCACAUUAAAAGCACUGACUCUCUCUGCUAGUGGAAAUGUUAUAUCUUUUAA